GGGCAUCGUACAUUAAUUCUGUGCUCUAGAACCACUGAACGUUUGUUUGAGUGAAUUUCCAACCCUGCCCAAAGCUGAAACAACCUUGUCGUUCCUGUCCAACGGUCAUGCAAGGUCGCCGCGCAGACUGCAAUCCUUCAAGAAACAACCAUUAAGCGGUCAGGUUUUUAUGUGACAGACCCAUUGUCUCUGUAACCGGGCGUCUGCGGCUAUUCUCUAGAUAUUGGAACUCCCGCCUCGAAAGCCGUUCAAGGUUCAAUUGUUCUCAAGCACAUAAUCGUCGAAAGAUACUAUCCGGGUAUUCAGUAAUAACCUUGUUUCUGCGAUGUAAGACGGAUGACCACGCAGUUGAGGGGCACAGAUAUGCGGCUAGGAAACGGCCCCCAAAUUAUUCGCCUUUACUUUAGUAAAUCAAGGAAAAUAAAAUUCCGAGUUGCAUGGCUACUCGAGACGAAUGUGACAAUCAGAUCUAUCGUCACAGCCAUGAUCGAAAUGCGCCAUCUGUCUUUGUGGCUGGCCUCCUGUACUACCCAGAUGUAAUCUCAUUAAUGCUGAUAUCGACUCAUAUGGUCACAUCCAAUGCCAUCAAGACAGCUGCGCCAGGCAAAUUACCACUCAGAACUUGGGCGAGCCCUAUAAGUCGAGAACAGAACAUCUCCAAUGAGAGCAGCUCAGGUGCUGAAUAUAGCACUUCCAUGAGUAGCAAGACACCACCUAUGGCAAUCACGGCCAGGUACAGAGACGCUUGGCCUGUUCUUCGACAGGUCCGUAAUCGGGAACUUGCUCCUCUCCGUACCCAACUGGACAGGCAGUAUGGUCCCCAAGAGAAGGACCUUGAGCCAUGUAGCAUUCAUGGCACGCUCCCACGCCAGAAGAAGCUCUCCCUAAACUAUCUUUGCAUAGUUCUACUGCGCUCGUCUAAUAAGCGUCAAUUCUCAAACAUUGGUAGAAAUAGCUCGGACACCAUAGACAAAGACUGCCUCAGCACGGCGGUUGCGACAAAAGUUGCGAGAAGAAUCUUUGAGAUGCAACUUUUUAAGGAGCUUUUCCAAACCCGCCGGUUCAUUCCCGUGUUCUUUAUGAAUGGUUAGGCAUUGUGCUUUAGUUGAUUGUUGGUAAUGCAUUGGAGGCUGGAAGCUGGAAGCUGGAUCGAGGACCUUGCUUUCAUCGCAAGCAAUCCCUUUGAGCUAGAAGUGUUAUUUGCAGUUGAAUUCUGCCGCAAGAAGCAUUUCUUCAAGGUCGAGAUGAGACGGGCAGCAUCCCCAAGGAUGACAAAGCUUUUGAUGGAGGUAGAUGGUGCUGGUGCUGCUGUUGCCAGAAAUUGGAUGAUAUUUUGAGAUGAAAGAAGGUAUCAUGUCGGUUAUUUAUAGACAGGAGAAACAAG